AUGUCUCUUCCUCUUUCUCUCAUCCUCCUGCUUAUGGUUCAGGGUGUUUAUGGUCAGAAUUGGGGUGUGUGGUACAGGACUGUUAGUAUCUGUGCCCUGAAGGGUUCAUCAGUGACCAUGUCCUGCUCCUACACAUAUCCCAGUGGUUACAAGGUUGAAACAGUUUUCUGGACAAAACAUGAAGGUGGUGACCCCCCUGAUUUGUCUAAAGACCCAGAUUAUGAAGGAAGAGUUCAUUACCUUGGAGAUUAUCAGUCAGACUGUACCAUGAAACUGAGUGAUGUGACAGAGAGAGACAAAAGAAGCUAUUAUUUCAGAUUUCUCACAGACAAUGCACAGGGGAGGUGGUCUGGUGUCCCUGGAGUUCAGCUGUCAGUUACAGACCUACAGGUGGAGACUCCAGAGAGAGUGAUGGAGGGUGAUACAGUCACUCUGAAAUGUAGAACCACCUGUUCUCUGAGUAGCACCCCAACCUUCAUCUGGUAUAAAAAUGGACAUGAUUUAACAAGGAAAACCAUCAAGAACAAUGAACUCUCUUUCCAGUCAGUCAGCUCUGAGGAUAGAGGCAGUUAUAUGUGUGCUGUACAAGGCCAUGAGAAUCUUCCCUCUCCUGCUGUCACUCUCAAUGUCAUAUAUGCUCCAAAGAAGACCACAGUGUCAGUCAGUCCCUCUGGUGAAAUAGUGGAGGGCAGUUCAGUGACUCUGACCUGCAGCAGUGAUGCUAAUCCACCAGCCAACUACACCUGGUUUAAGAAGAGUGGAACUGUCACUAUAGGAAAAGAAGAGACCUACAGGGUCAACAAGAUCAGCUCUGAGGACAGUGGAGAAUAUCAGUGCAAAUCCAGUAAUCAACAUGGCCAUCAGUAUUCAAAUACUGUAUCUCUCAAUGUUUUAUAUCCUCCAAAGAAGAUCACAGUGUCAGUCAGUCCCUCUGGUGAAAUAGUGGAGGGCAGUUCAGUGACUCUGACCUGCAGCAGUGAUGCUAAUCCACCAGCCAAUUACACCUGGUUUAAAUUAGCAAAGAGAGAGAUAGUGAAAGAACAGAGAAAAACCCUCAUAAUCAAUGAGAGAGAACACAGGAUCAAUAAGAUCAGAUCUAGUGACAGUGGAAAAUAUCAGUGCAAAUCCAGUAAUAAACAUGGAAAGCAACUCACCUCUGUGUUUCUUAAUGUUCACUAUCCUCCAAGAAAUACCACAGUCUCAGUCAAUGCCUCUGGUGAAAUAGUGGAGGGCAGUUCAGUGACUCUGACCUGCAGCAGUGAUGCUAAUCCACCGCAGAUAAACUACACCUGGUAUAAAGAGAAUGUAACUUCACCUGUAGGAUAUGGACAGAAGACCUACAGGAUCAACAAGAUCAGCUCUGAGGACAGUGGAGAAUAUCACUGUAAGCACGGUAAUCACGGUAAUCAACAUGGACAUCAGUAUUCAAAUUCUACAUCUCUGAAUGUUUUAUAUGCUCCAAAGAAGACAUCAGUGUCAGUCAGUCCCCCUGAUGAAAUAGUGGAGGGCAGUUCAGUGACUCUGACCUGCAGCAGUGAUGCUAAUCCAUCAGCCACCUAUACCUGGUUUAAGAAGAAUGGAGCUGUCACUAUAGGAAAAGAACAGACCUACAGGAUCAACAAGAUCAGCUCUGAGGACAGUGGAGAAUAUCACUGCAAGUCCAGUAAUCAACAUGGAGAGCAUUUCGCUACUGUGUCCCUAAAUAUUCACUAUCCUCCAAAGAAGACCACAGUGUCAGUCAGUCCCUCUGGUGAAAUAGUGGAGGGCAGUUCAGUGACUCUGACCUGCAGCAGUGAUGCUAAUCCACCAGCCACCUACACCUGGUUUAAGAAGAAUGAAACUGUCACUAUAGGAAAAGAAAAGACCUACAGGAUCAACAAGAUCAGCUCUGAGGACAGUGGAGAAUAUCAGUGCAAGUCCAGUAAUCAACAUGGACAUCAGAAUUCAAAUACUGUAUCUCUGAAUGUUUUAUAUCCUCCAAGACAUACCACAGUCUCAGUCAAUGCCUCUGGUGAAAUAGUGGAGGGCAAUUCAGUGACUCUGACCUGCAGCAGUGAUGCUAAUCCAUCACAUUUAAACUACACCUGGUAUAAAGAGAGUGUAACUUCACCUGUAGGAUAUGGACAGAGUUACAUCAUCAACAACAUUCAGUCCAGUAACAGUGGACUGUACUACUGUGAGGCCCAGAAUAAACAUGGCUCUCAGAAAACCACUGCUGUACCAAUCACACUGAAAGGUACGGAAACUGUCAUAGAUGUUGUCAUAUGA